CAUGGAUGAAGAAUCCCGGUUCAGCCAGAAGAAACUUCACAGUCGAAACAGAUAUUCACAUAAACCCUCAUUAGUAGUGUAAAUGACACCUCUAAAUCAAUUGGCUUCAUCAUCACAACCCAUGACAAGUAAAUCUUUCCACUUGUAGUCAUACCGAAUAUUCCUGGCCGUAUUGCCUUAAUUUCUUAACCCCGCGAUCAGCGCCAAUUCCGCCCCGCUGCUCGUCGUCGCCGUUUCGCUUCAUCCCACCUGCUUCUCUUUCUCUUCUCCUUUUCUUCUUCUCUUCCCUUCCCUUCCUCCUCCUCUUCAUCCGUCUUCAACUUCUCUGAUCUCGAUCACGCAUCUAUAAACAAAAUGGCCACAAACAUCACCUUCCACGCCAGCGGUGUGACCCGCGCCGAGCGCAGCCAGCUCCGCAACCAGCGCGGCCUCACCAUCUGGCUGACUGGUCUCUCUGCCUCCGGCAAGUCCACUCUGGCCGUUGAGCUGGAGCGCCAGCUCCUGCACGACCGCGGCGUGCACGCCUACCGUCUCGACGGCGACAACGUCCGCUUCGGUCUCAACAAGGACCUCGGAUUCAGCGAGAAGGACCGUAACGAGAACAUCCGUCGCAUUGCCGAAGUCGCCAAGCUCUUCGCCGACAGCGCCUCCAUCGCCAUCACUUCUUUCAUCUCCCCCUACAAGGCGGACCGUGCCACUGCCCGCCAGCUGCACGAGGUCCCUACCCCCGGUGAAGAGACCGGCUUGCCUUUCGUCGAGGUCCACGUCGAUGUCCCCGUCGAGGUGGCCGAGCAGCGUGACCCCAAGGGUCUGUACAAGAAGGCCCGUGAGGGUGUCAUCAAGGAGUUCACUGGUAUCAGUGCCCCCUACGAGGCCCCCGAGAAGCCCGAGGUGUACAUCGACAACCACAACACUCCUAUCCAGGAGGCUGUUGGCCAGAUCAUCGCCUACCUCGACAAGCAGGGUUACUUGCCUGCCAAGGCCCAGUAAGCUUGUCGGUCUAUUGUCCUUUUGUUUCGCUUGAAAAUAUUGGAAAUAUCGGGUGUUUUCUUUCUUUAUUUUCUUUUUUUUUUUUUUUUUUGUUCGGUUAUAUCUUUGUCUGUCCAGUUCUGGCCUAUUUAGAAACCGGGGCUUCCCACCCCCCGUUGAUAGAGCUUUAUACCAAUUAGAUCUGUACAUAUUCCUUUUUUCUUCUCCUUAAAAAAAACAUGCAUAUGCAUGCAAGGUCAGGAAUGCAUCGAUUCAUAUGCUAGAAACAACAUGCAUAGCCAGCUUCACGA